AUGUCUGAAACGACGACAACAACGGCGACGACGACGCCAUCGAAGGCUAAGACCCCGAAGAAGGCGAAGAGCGGAUCGGCUGCCAAGAAGAGCAAACCCGCGGCCACUCAUCCGCCGGUCUCUGAAAUGGUUUUGGCGUCGAUCGCGAGUCUGAAGGAGAGGAACGGGUCGUCCUCUCAGGCCAUCAAGAAGUACAUCGCAGCCAACUAUAAGGUCGACGUCGAGAGACUCCAGCCUUUCAUUAAGAAGUACUUGAAGUCUGCGGUCACUAACGGAGCGUUGACUCAAACCAAAGGCAAGGGAGCGAACGGGUCCUUCAAAUUGGCCGCAAAUGCCGCCAAAAAGAGCACUAAAAAGACCGUCAAGACUGCGAAGAGUGCUAAGAGUGGCACCAAAUCCAAGAAAUCGAGUCCCAAGAAGACGACCGCAAAGGCGCCCAAAGCCAAGACCACCACCACAUCGACCACAACCCCAUCCACAGCCGCCGCCCCCGACCACAGCCAACCCAAGCCUAAGGCCAAGAAAGUGACCAAAAAGUCACCGAAAAAGGCGACCAAAGCUAAGAAGACGGUCGAGAAGAAGUCGAAAACACCAAAGACUGCGAAAUCACCGAAAAAGUCCGUCAAGAAGUCAUCGAAAGCCAAACCCGCCGCCAAAAAGACACCGAAAAAGGCCCCCAAAAGCAAGACAGCGCCCAAAAAGGCUUAA